GAGUGGGGGCGUGGCUGCGUGGCUGCGCCCAGGAGGAAGCCACAGCUCAGCUGCUGUCCUAAUUAUUAUUUAUUGAUUGACAGACGAACCUUGGAAGCAUCCAGAGCCCUUUAUAAGGCCAUCACUCGCUCCACCAAUUUCUCUCGCGAUAGCAACUCGUUUCUCUAACACAGUAAUUCUUCACCCACGUUCAAUUGUUCAACCCCACCAAUCAUACCCCCUUGUUAUUCAUUCCACAACCCCGCUUCCAUCAUGGACGCCAUCAAGGAGACCGUCAACACCGCCAUCGGAGCCAUCACCGGCGACAAGACCACCGCCCGCGAGCCCUCAGAUCAACAAUUGCAACAAGUGCGAGCCAAGUACGAGAAAGCCGGCCAAGAGCAAGUCUUCGCCUUCUACGACAAACUCUCCUCCGCCGAGAAGGCGGCCCUCUUCGAACAAUUGUCCGACUUCGAUCCCGAAUACAUCAAUGAGCUCGCUGACAAGGCGCUGCAUCCGCCGAAGACGGAGGCUACGGAGUCGACGCUCGAACCGCUGAGCCCCAGUGCGACAUGCUCGGUGCUUGAUUCCAAGGAGGAGGAUCUGAAGAGAUGGUACGAGCAGGGGUUGGACUUGAUUGCGGAGAACAAAGUCGCUGUCGUGUUGAUGGCUGGUGGGCAGGGGACACGGUUGGGUAGCAGUGCGCCUAAGGGAUGCUAUGAUAUCGGGCUGCCCAGCAAGAAGUCUCUGUUUCAACUGCAGGGAGAGAGGAUUGCGAAGGUGGAGGAGCUGGCGAGGAAGAAGUCUGGCAAGGCGGAUGUUACCGUGCCCUGGUACGUCAUGACCAGUGGGCCUACAAGGGGACCGACGCAGAAGUUCUUCGAGGAGAAUGGAUACUUUGGGCUCAAGAAGGAGAAUGUUGUCAUCUUCGAGCAGGGCGUCUUGCCCUGUAUCUCGAACGACGGCAAGAUUCUGCUGGAGAGCAAGUCCAAGGUCGCCGUCGCGCCCGAUGGCAACGGAGGCCUCUACCUUGCCCUCGUCAAGUCCGGCGUCGUCGCGGACAUGGGCAAGCGCGGCAUCCAGCACAUCCACGCCUACUGCGUCGACAACUGCCUCGUCAAGGUCGCGGACCCGACUUUCAUCGGCUUCUCCGCCUCCAAAAACGUCGACAUCGCCACCAAGGUCGUCCGCAAGCGCAAUGCAAAGGAAUCGGUUGGCCUCAUCCUGCAGAAGAACGGCCGUCCGGACGUGGUCGAGUACUCCGAGAUCAGCGCCGAGGACGCCGAAGCAAAGGACCCCAAUGACCCCGAGCUGCUGAAGUUCCGUGCCGCCAACAUUGUCAACCAUUACUAUUCGUACAGCUUCCUGGAGAGUAUCCCGCAGUGGGUGAAGAAGCUACCGCACCACGUCGCGCGCAAGAAGAUCCCCUACGUUAACACGGAGAAUGGAGAGACCAUAAAGCCCGAGAAGCCCAACGGUAUCAAGCUCGAGCAGUUCGUCUUUGAUUGCUUCCCCUUCCUGACGCUCGACAAGUUUGCGUGCAUGGAGGUCAAGCGUGAGGACGAGUUCUCGCCGCUCAAGAAUGCGCCCGGGACGGGUGAGGACGACCCGGAUACGAGCAAGAAGGAUAUCAUGGCGCAGGGUGCCAAGUGGCUGCAGGCCGCGGGUGCCGUCAUUGUCAGCGAGAACGGGGAGGGUGUCGAGGUGUCGCCGUUGCUUUCCUACGGCGGCGAGGGCCUCGAGUUCGUCAAGGCCCGCACCAUCAAGGCGCCCGCGUAUAUCUACAAGCUGGAGGGAGAGGCUUAGACAGCCCUUGUCUGCAGUCGUUUUUGGGACGAAAAUGAGGAAGUCUGGGAAUUAUGUCUUAGAUGGAAGCGGGGGAAUCCUGAUAGGAGAGCUUGUUCGUGAACUUCGCGCAAUGAUGCGAAGCACCAACACUGCCUAGAGGGAUUCAAACAGUGGUAAUGGAGGGUGGUACGACAGCAGAGUAGGCAGGGAGCUUGCAUGCUUGAAUGCUUGUCUUAAUGCAGGAACAUGGGACGGACGGCACGUGCCAAGGGGAUACUUUUAUAGAGAUCCUUCUAUCAAGCAAGAUUCUGAUUGACAAACGGGCGUACACGAAGAUAGGCGCACGCGCUCCUGGGACUCCUGAUAUAACCUACCUACUGUGGUAUGGCUAGUCUCGUUGGUCCUUGAUCAGUGAGCACCAACCUUGAAUGCAGGGCGAAGGUCACGUGUUCCGACCUUCACG